UCACUCGGCUUGCUGUCAUCCACGGACCAGGGAAGGGCACACAUGACAUGGAGAGACAUUCCCAUAUGAACAGUUAUUAAUGCGUUGUAGCUUGUUAUAAGCUGACGAAGAUUCCUGGAUCUUUGUUGUUACUUAAGUUACCGUAUUACUUUUUUUUGGCCCACCGGAACAACCAGUGGCUAGCUAACUGUCUAGCUAGCUCGUAAGUUAAGUAAAGGCAGCGUGAAAAAAAGCCUCCUCAUGGCGUCAAUCCUCUUUACCAGGUCCGUGGCACCUUUAAUGAAAACCUCCCGCACACUAAAGAAUGAAUUCCGUAAAGGGAAGUUACAAGAUGGUGCCUGUUUCAGCUGCACAGCUCUCAGACUCUCCAGUCACAGACCUGCGAGUUUGACUUCAGUUUCCAUAUUCACUCCUACCCUCCCUGUGUCGGGCCAGAGUUGGGACUCGCAGCGGCUCUUAUGCGCCUUCAGCCUCAGAGCCUCCACUUCACUACACCCUGGGAUCACAACAGGACCCCAGUGGACCACAGUGCCGCAGCAGUACAUCGCCAGUGUCCGGUGGAUACACACAUCGGGGAGGAGAUGGGACGAUUCGAAGGUGGAGAAGUCGCUGCGGUCCAUAAAGGACAAGAAGAAGCUGGAGGAAGGAGGCCCCGUGUACAGUCCCACGGUAGACGCACAACCUGCGAGGAGGACAGUCAGACAGUGGGUCGUGGAUGAAGUCAAACAUUACUACCACGGCUUCAAGCUGCUGUGGUUUGAUACCACGAUUUCUGCGCGAAUGCUGUGGAACGUCCUGCACGGACAUGUCCUGUCCCGACGGGAGAGGAGACAAUUUCUCAGAACGUGCGCGGACGUCUUCCGACUCGUCCCCUUCCUCGUCUUCAUCAUCGUCCCCUUCAUGGAGUUCCUGCUCCCCGUGGCUCUGAAGCUCUUCCCCAACAUGCUGCCGUCCACCUUCGAGACACAGUCAAAGAAGGAGGAGAGGUUGAAAAAGGAGCUGAGGGUCAAACUGGAGAUGGCCAAGUUCUUGCAGGACACCAUCGAGGAGAUCGCCCUGAGGAACAAAGCUGCCAAAAGCGACGUGGCCGAGGAGUUCUCCACCUUCUUCCAAAUGAUCCGGAACUCCGGAGAACGUCCCAGUAACGAGCAGAUCUUGAAAUUCUCCAAACUGUUCGAGGACGACCUGACUCUAGACAAUCUGACACGACCUCAGCUGGUGGCUCUCUGUCGCCUCCUGGAGCUCCAGUCCAUCGGGACCAACAACUUCCUGCGCUUCCAGCUCAUCAUGAAGCUGAGGACCAUCCGAGCUGACGACAAGCUGAUAGCAGAGGAAGGAGUGGACAGUCUGAACGUGACUGAGGUGCAGGCAGCCUGUCGUGUCAGAGGGAUGAGGUCACUCGGAGUCACAGAAGAACGACUGAGAGAGCAACUCAGCCAGUGGUUGGACCUGCACCUGAACCAGCAGAUCCCCACCUCUCUGCUGCUGCUGUCUCGGGCCAUGUACCUACCCGACACCCUGUCUCCUGCCGACCAGCUGAAGACCACACUGCAGACGCUGCCUGAGAUGGUGACAAAGGAGGCUCAGUUGAAUUUGGCAGAGAUGGAGCUCUCCAAAGUGGACAACAAGACCAAACUGGAGACGACACUGCAGGAGGAGGCGGCCAUUCGCCAGGACAACAAAGAGCGUGAGAUGGAGAGGCUGGCUGAUGCUGCAGAGAAGGUCGCAAAGCAGGGUGAGAUGGAGCUGGAAGCAGAGAGGAUGAAGCACAAUAAGACGAAGGUGGCUGCUGAUUCAGAGACACUGAAGGACACAGCUCCUGUCUUAGAGGGAACCAAGUUUGAACAUUGGCAGACUUUCCUGCGCUUCCAGGGAGAGGAGAUCACCAAGGAGGAGAUCGACAUGCUGAGUGACGCCUGCUCAAAGCUGAAGGAGCAGAAGAAGCUGUUGACACUGGAGAAAGAGGAGCUGGAGGAUCUGAAGGACGACGUCCAAGAGUACAACGAGGAUCUGGAGGAAAUAAAGAAGGAGCUGUCUAAGAGCGGCCAGGAGACGGUGAAGGAGUCGAAAGCGAGUCAGCGCCUGUCCAAGAGGGUCAACCGCAUGAUCGGUCGCAUGGACAAGAUCAUCGUGGAGCUGGAGAAGGACAAGGAGAUCCUGGAUGGACAGACGGCCAGUGGGACAUGCCCACCCCUUGGAUUAUUCUUUACUAAACAUAGUGAUGUCACAAGUCUGUUCUACGCCUUCAGGGAGAACCUCAUCAGUAUCGACGAGCUGAUCAACAUCAUGCGGCAGAUCCAGAACAUUCCCGAGGACAAGCUGCAGCGCAUCGCCGAGGCCCUCGACGACAACAAGGACGGGAAGAUCGACAUCGACGACGUCAUCAAAGUGGUGGAGCUGAUCGACAAGGAGGACAUCGACAUCUCCACCUCUCAGGUGUCUGACAUCAUGGUGAUGCUGCAGAAGGAGGAGAUGCUGAUGGAGAAGGAAAAGGCCAAAGAGAAGGCAGAGAAGGAGCAGGCGGCCAACAGCUAACUGGUUUCCCAGAAAAAGAAGAAAAACAAACAAACAAACAAAAAAGAGAAAGACACGGAAGAUUGUGUAAAGAUGAUGUUGGUUCCUCAGUCACAGAGAAACUGGACGCCGGAGAGAGCAAACUGGACAAAUCGAGAGGAGUUAUAGUUUGAGGUAACUACUGAAAAACUGACACAUCAUAUGUUCAACAUAAUCUAAAAAAAACAAAAAAAAAACAAGGACUCAUUGUCUUUAAAAUGCACAAAAAUCAAAAAAACAAGCAUCAACGGCCUCAUGUUGAGCUCUUCUCGAAUGAUCCUGUAGAGAUUUGGUUUUGUGUAAAUGAUCUAAAGAAUUUAUUAAUAAGAGAGUGACAGAUCGCCAUGGUUACAAGUUAUAUAUUACUUCCCAGAGUAUCCAAAAUUCCUGGGUUUAAAUUUGUUAUUUAAGGUUUGAGGUGAGCUCACCUUUUCUUUUGGCCGCAGAGAAACGAGCGAUCGUUUCUAAACUUUGCACAGUUCAGUUAAAAAAAAUCACCAUCGUCAUUCCACCCAGUUUCAUUUCAGUCUGUCCCUCAUCCUCUCCGAUUGUAAAUUAUUUUGUUUUAUAUUAUGAAUUGUACGAGAACCGGUAGCUUAUUUCCUGAGAUCUUUAAACGGUGGCUGCAACCAAAGACCUCAUUGGACACCGUGUUGAAAAUGUCAAUCACUUCUGAUGCACUUUGCCCAUAAUGUGGGAGUCGAUUUAGACGUGGCUGAAUUGAAAUGGCAGCAAAUGCCGUGACGGUAGUCUUGGGACAAAAGCGCCACCUAAGGUGCGGUGCUGAAUAAAGCCAGUGGGUGGCAGCAGAGAUUAAUUGAAACGAUGCAGCUCGUAUCUCAAACACGUCCGUUGCCUUUCGCUGUGAAGGCUAAUAAAGCAGCUGUUGCGAGUUCUGUGUAGGAGAUGGUCGUUAUACAAAAACAACUGGACAUCGCAGUAUACUGUGAUAUGUAUCGUAAUAUUAAAGUUCUACGAAACGCCCACCCUCAAUUAGACGCAACUUAAAAAUUGAUGAUCAAUCAAGCAGCGCUUUUCUACAUCAAUAUUAAAAACUGCACUGUAAUUUCUUUUUGUACAUACGACCUGAUUAUUAAUCUCAUUGUAGCACAGCUCUGCGUGUUUAUUCCUGUGUUUAACAAAAGCUCUGCGUAAAAUGCCAAAGUUGCACUGCAGCAUGUUUGAAUAACAUUAUUGAUGAUCUCCGAUUAUUCCUGAAAAGCAAACAAAAAACGACGGGAGACUAUUUUUUUUUUUUUGUACAGUGGUAUCACAUCAGCUACGACACAUACGUUUGCACAGUGAAUCUUCUUAGGACUCUGUAUGAACUUCCAUUAAUUUGACCGGACUAAACAAAGCCUUAUCCCCAACCUCAACCGAACCUGAGCCUUUAACCCCUUUCUAAAAAACAGGUCUUCGGUCCUCACAGAGAUAUUCAUACAAGUACACACACGCAAAUGAUCAUUUCAUCCAUGUCAUGUAAGGCGUAUACACAUAAAUCUUAAAUAAAAGGAUGGGAAAAAUUAAGCAAAUUUGUUUGGGGGACCCAAAAUAAAUCACCCACGACCCAUCUGUGGGUCUCAACCCAGUGUUUGGGAACCACUGGCCUUGGCUUCUCUUUUGUUUUUGCACAGAUUUUCCCUCGGCGACAUAUUUUCAGCCGCUGAGCUCUGAAGCAAACGCUGUCCGUCAGCGUGAACCAGCCGCUCAAUUUGAUUUGCUCUCUCCCUCGCUCUUAAAGCCGGAGCCGUCCGUGUGUCACUCCUCCUCCACAGCAGCUCUCGAGCAGCUCAUGGUGUAAACACGGUUGACAGAGUGGCACUGCAGAUAACGCUGAGUGGACGACCCUCCGUCUUUAAUCCCCUUCCUGGAAUCCGCUGUCAGGACGUGUGAUUUAGAGCGCGGCCGCCCGUCCUCCACCCGCCUCCACCCGCUCGGUGCAGACUGGACGCUGGCUGACAUGGUGACGCCUCUGCCGUCGCCUGCGACCGGUCAGAGUGAUGGAUGCUGGGUAAACACUCGGCCCAUACAUGGGCCACAGACCUGCUCGUCUGGAGGGUUGUGUUUAGGUUUAGAGAUGCAGCGGCGGGGACAUGGCAUCGUUACGCGCAGCAUAAAUCAGCCGCCGGCGUAAACAUGUCGCCGGGGCAACGUCUCCAGGACACUUGGCAGAGGAGAGUGGUGUCUGUGUCUGUGCAUGGAGGGGUGAAAGGUCAGGUGCAGAAAGAGUGACACAUAACAGAGUGUUUCAAGAUCAGUACUCAGUGUUUCUGUGUUGCUCCAGGAGAGUUUGAAAGGGUCAUUCUAUAUAGUGUUCUCUCAGCCAGUGGUUCCCAAAGACUGGGUCAGGACCCUGAGAUUGGUCGCAGGAGAUUUUUCUUUGGGUUCCCAAACAAACCUCUUUGCAAAGAUUUAUGUUUAGGUCUUAAGUCACAUGCAUGAAAGGACGUUUUAGUUCAUUUACCAAUCGUUUAUGUUGGCUGUAAAUUAGUCGCUACAUUAUGCACAAACUUGUUCUUUGUACUUCUUAGAAAAAGCUAUAUAAUAACAUCACUUAAACAUCUAUUAUUCACUUGUUUAAAAACGAUAGUUUUGUAUAAUUGUCCUCGUACUUCUAAAAACAGUCGCCAGCUUCACAGAGAUUUCAUUUUUGUACGCAUAAAAAGCAAAGUGAAGAUCUUUGGGUUUUUGGACAGUGUGUCGCUGGAGGUGAAACUGUGACGUUGCCUCGUGACAUUUUCUAAUCAAUUAUUUGAAGAAAUAAUCAGGAAUUUUUUUUUAAUUUGAUUAGUGGCUGUGGAUGGAAACCGGUUUUCAGUGCUGUUCUUGGUGUGAACGCCUGGACGAUGUGAUGAGGAAUAUGAUGAAGUGUGGAUUAUUUUUUACAGGUUAUUACUCAUUCAAAAUCCAAAGAAAUGUAGUUUUCAGUGUCAGAAAACGGAGAAGCUGCGAAAUUUCACGGUUUGAUGAGUUCAAAACAAGCAAAUGUCACAUAUUUACCUUUAAUAAUAUUCAAUUAAUGGACUAAACCAUUUUUGACAUUUCCAUCUUCUAGUGACGCAACGUAAGUGUAAAAAUCCCAAGAGAGAAACACACUCGUACAGUUCAGAUUUUUUUGUUGUAUUUCCACCAUUUUCUCCCACGUAACAAACAUCAACACGAUUUAUUAUUAACCUUUCAUGUAAGAAUACCGGUUAUUUUGAAAUAUAGAAACCAUAAUAUGCAUAUCAAGACCAGCUACCACAUGUCAUUUACAGAAUAUAGACGUAAAAGCAUGUUGAAGCGCGUCCUGGUGUUUGGCUGCAGCGUGAGGAGAUGUGCAGUUCCCACAGAUCACCACCGGCAGCAGUGUUGCACUGUGUCGUUCAAGUUGCUGUCGACGUUUAUCAGUUUUCCAUCAGGGUGAUUUCGUUUCACUCAGCUUUUGCCACUGUGUAUGUGCUCUGAUUAUUAUUAAUACAUAUAUAUAUAUGAAUAUAUAUAUAUGUAUAUAUAAAAAUAUAUAAAAGGUGUUGAUUAAAUAUGUUUAUAGCUCAGGUUGUGAAUGUUGUAAACCGUCCUGAAAGAUUCCUGUGGAGUUUUGCGGUGCACGUUGUGCACAAGAGGAGCACAUUGAAAGCAAUAAGUUGAUUAUGCAUCGCGUUAUGAUUUCUUUUCUUUUAAUUCUUGAGGUGUUAAAUUAGCUAAAAAUAUAUUGUAACAUGUCCACAUGUUGUCCCCGAAGCUGGAACCUUUGAUGAUCAGGCUGAUAUUCUGCUUAUUUUAGGUGCUCUGGCCAUUUUUUUUGUCACAGUUUGUGUGUCGAGGACCAGGCAGCUGGACACUGAGAGCAGGAUCAGUUUUACGGUCAGGGUCCCGAACGAGUCAAACGUUUGGACAUUAAAGACGAAGUCACGUUAAAGGCUGACGAAUUAAUUUUACGCGACGCGCUGUUCCUUCAAAGAUAGUCAGAUCAGGAUUUCCAUCGAUGGUGUCAGGAGGACGGUUCAUUUAGUGUCAAACAAACAAAAGGAAAGUAGGGCUGUCCCGUGUCUGAUGGACCCCAGGGUAACUAUUUCUGAAGAUUUGCGCUUUCUGCCUCCAGUGUGAGUGGACAACUGACUUUCAGAUGAAAGUGUCAGCCCUCAGACGCGCAUUGGACAUUAAAAGACACGAAACAACCUCUUCAUUUCUGAGCGCUCACGGAGAACACGAGCCUCAACUUUCACCAUUUGCCAACUGCACAGACGGUAGCUCGUACUAGUAGUGACUCAGCAACUUUUUGCACUUUUCCAUUCUACAGUUCGAGCACAGCUUUGUUUGAUAUCAGUCACGCCGUUAUAUCCCCAAGGCCUUUUUACCAUGCGACACAAACGAGUGAAGCAGCUGUUUUGGGUGGAACUGAAUCAUUAGAAUUAGUCGAUUUAAAAAAAGGGUUGUUCACAGAAUCGUUCAGUACUUCCUGCAUUGCACACUGAACUGAAAUACCACUGAACGGGUUAAAUAUUGACAUUUCCUUUGCUAGAUUUUAAGUCUUUUUAACUGAUGUAUAGUUUGGUAUUGUUCGGUUUGAUUCUUGUGUUGGACACCGCGCUAAUGACUCUUCCAGUGACGACUCUCUCUGACCAAUCAGUGACCGGCAUCCUUGCGACGUCACAUUUUAGUAUCGUCAGAGCAGGUACUAAGAAAACCAGGUACCAGGAACUAUCACUGAUGGAAAAGCAAGAAAAACUGUAGAAUGGAAAAGUGCCAUUUGUGUUUUUGGACACACACACACUGUCCUCUCGACCUUCAGUGGACGUGGUUCAAACACAGCGAAGAGUGAAGGCCGUUGAACAAAGUGUGACGUUAAACCUUAAAUAAUCUAAAGUUUUCAGAUUAAAUCUCAGUUUAAAGUGUUAGGGGACAUGUUGCAGCAUAUCAUUGAAUUUUUUUUGACUCAGUAUAAGAUACUGUAACCCAUUGGUCUUUUUGUUUUGUUUUUUUAGAUGAUUGUUAUUUAUUUAUUUAUAUAUUAAAUCCAAAUGUAAGAAGCUGCACAGGAAAUGACCAGGUACUAGGAUUUAAUCCCAGUUUGAUCUUGAAUCUCAUAUGUAAUGAAAAGCAUCCCCUUUGUUUCUCUGUUCAUAUUAAAAAAAUGAACAUCAUCUGCUAAAUUAAUCACUAAAGAGUUGAAUAAACGAUGUUUGAUCCUG